AUGACAAGCAUCAUGAAGAAGCCCACAAGCAUGCCGAAUCGGGCCAUAAACACGGAGAAGAGCAUCGUCAUGCUGGCGGGGCCGUCGCGCACGGAAGGCCAAGAAGAGCACCAUGAAUUUGGUCAGCAUCGCGAAGAAUACCAUGCGAAAGAGCAAGGCAAGGUAGGCGGUGGUGUUGCCCACGGAGGUUUCUACCAUGGCGAACACAAAGCGACUGCCAACGUGACACGCAACGGCACACUCUCUUUCCACGACGGAAACUGGUCGAACGGGACCGGCGGCGACCACGACAUUACGUACCCUCAUCAAGGCAACCAUAGCGGCAACUUGUCCUUGCAAUCCAUUGUGAAUGGCGAACAUCACCACGCACUUGCGGCGGUAGGUGGCGCCGCCGUCGUGGCGGCUCUGGGUUUCGUCGCGUUCAAAGUGGCCAAGAAGCUCCGCCACCGCUCCAACUACGAAUCGAUUCCUUCGGAAGGCGCCCACAUGAUCUAA